CCACUUUCUAUCUUCAGUGCUGAAGGAACCAUUUGUCUCUAGCUACCAAAGAAAUUAAAAGAGUGAUAUUAACGAAGGAUAUUGAGCUUUUUGGGUUGGCAUGGCCAACUUACAAGCUCUCUUCAUUGCUUUUGCUCUCUCUGUGAUGGCACUAAAUUUGAGUACUUUUGUGGAUGCUACAUUUCCCAAGAGUGUAUAUUCCAACUGGGGCAGUCAACAAAUGGAGAUUUAGGGUAAUGGUGACGAUCUUCAGCUUACAUUGACCAAGUUGUCAGGUUCCGGAUUCCAAACAAAACGAAAGUUCCUCUUUGGCAGCAUAGAAAUGCUAAUCAAAUUAGUACCUGGGAACUCUGCUGGCACUGUCACGGCCUACUAUUUGUCUUCAACUGGUCCAAAGCAUGACGAGAUAGACUUUGAGCUCUUGGGGAAUCUAUCAGGACAACCUUACACUGUCCACACGAAUGUCUACACUCAGGGUAUUGGAAACAAAGAACAACAAUUUCAUCUCUGGUUUGACCCAACUGCUGAUUUCCACAACUACACCAUACAUUGGAACCCAAGCCAGAUUGUGUGGUUUAUUGAUCGGCUCCCAAUCCGUGUCUUCCGGAACUAUAAGAGUAAAGGCAUUGCUUACCCAAACCAGCAAGGGAUGAGGGCUUAUUCCAGCAUAUGGGAUGCUGAUAACUGGGCAACACAGGGUGGGCGUGUGAAGACUGACUGGCAUAGUGCACCCUCCAUUGCUAGAUUUCAAAGGUUUAGGGCUAGGGCUUGCAAGUGGAAUGGACCAGUCAGUAUCAGCCAAUGUGCCUCUAAUUCCCAUGCCAAUUGGUGGACAUCACUUGUUUAUAGUAAGCUAAGUCACAGUCAAAUAGGUCAGAUGAUGUGGGUCAGAAAAAACUACAUGAUUUAUAACUACUGUACUGAUUAUAGAAGAUUCAAUGGGAAUAUGCCCCUUGAAUGCUCUUUGUAGCAAUAUAAUUAGUAGAGAAAUAUUGCAUUGGCGUGAGGCACCUCACAUACUCAACCAC